AACCCUUACAGUGGUCCCGGCCGCUACACGCCAUACGAAUACGAGAAUGCCCAUAACCGCCGUUAUGAGGGUGUAUUCAAAGUUGUGCCACGCACCUAUGAUGUUCAACAGUAUAAACGUCAGAGUGAACGCAACAGGGCUCUGAACAUGCCACCUACAGACCCAGACAAAUGUAUGGCCCCAAUGGCCUCCAGCCUUAAAUUACGGUAA